GAUCCGCGUAAUAACUGAAGUUGGGCGCUCAGUUGCUCAGCGGCAGUUGACAGCGUCGGUUCGUGGAUCAGCGAUCGUGGAUCGUGAUUUUUUUGGCCCGCCGCUCGCCAAGGUUAAUUAGCCCAGAUCCGAGAUCGAGAUUGCGGAGAGACAGAGAGCGAAGAUCACCAUCUAGUGAUGUCGUUUUUUCGCAAUAUACGCUCCUCCCUCUCCUCGUCGCGGGCCAAGAGCUCCCGCUCCUCAUCCCGCGAUACGACACCGGUACGCUCCGGAUCUCGUCCAGGCAGCGUGAUCAGCGGAGUGGGAUCCGCGGGAGUUACCAGUCGCCGGGACUCGACUACCAGCUCAACUUUGCAGCGCGGUGAUACCUUUAUAAUGCCCAAUUCGGAAGAGGACGUGGGUUCUGCGUCGAACACCUCCACUCUGGAGAAGAAGUCGAAGAAGUCCAAGGUCUUUAGCAAAUUCAGCACCUUCACCAAGCGCAAGAAGACUCCGUCGCCCGAGGAAGUGGCCAGCUAUGAGCAUCAUCCCAGUGACACGGCCACAAAUACUUACUACAAGUGGCGCAGCGAUGGAGCGGAUCGUCUGCAGGACUACGAUGCCCAGUCGGAUCCCUUCAACUUCCUUUACGAGCAGCACUCCAAUCUGAGGACUCUGCAAACGGGUGAACCCAGUGGUAUCCACCGGCAGGCCAGCAUUGGUUCAAAUUCCAGUGGCAGCUUUGAUUCAUCCACCUACCGUAAGAGCAAAACUCCCACGCACCUGCGAGAGCAGCUGGAGCAGCUUAAAACCCACUCCAACGACGAUCUGCUGGAGGAUCAGCAGCGGGAGGAGGAUGAGCGUGAGAAGUACAAGACAGUAACCCUAAAUAGCUUUAGGAAGUCCUUCAGGGAUCGCUUGCUGCAGCAGCAGAAGGAAACGCCCCACAAUCCCGCCUGGUUUGUGGAAGUUCCCGCCCAGCCAACGUCCACGAAACCCCUGGAACGACGCGAGUCCAAGGAGAACCGACCCGAUUUCCUGGUCUUCGACAAUGAUAACUACCGCCCGCAGUCGCGUUCUCCUCUCCGGGAUCGUCCCUCUCGUUCCGCCACCCGUUCUCCGGUGAAACGCAACGAGACUUUCCGGGUCACACAACCUUCAGUGCGUCAUAUGUCGCCAUCGCCGACACCCACACCUGCUCCCUCCAUUCGCAUCGAGAUCAAGAACUCCAUAUCACCGCAUUCUCCUGGCAGAUUUGUGCCCGUGGGCGUGGCCAAGCCCAUGCCCACCACGGAGUACUAUGCCCAAAGACUGCUCGCGAAUAGAACCAGCAUGAGCCCCAGUCCAAGUCAAAACCAGGGCUCGCGAUGGUACCGCCAGCAGAACUCACCCACCCGGUUGAGUGUGGGUCACCAGCAGCAGCUGCAGCAGCACCAGCACCAGCACCAGCCCAGCCACCUCAGCCAGCAGCAAAAGGGAGGACGAACCCUGGUGCACAUAGGAUCCGACCAGAGCAAGGCCAUGACGCCACCAACCCGAGGCAGGGCGCCAACAAGAAUCCAGCUGUACGGCAGUAAACCACAGAGUAGACCACAGCCAACGACCUACUUCGGUGGCCACUACAAUGCACCUGUUAAGCCCGGCCCGCGAUCAGCAUCCACUGGUGGACCCACCGUUUAUCUGGGGCGUCGCGAACCACCCAUGACACGUGCCACCACCACCACCGCCACCACCAACAACAGAAGCAUCGCCAACAGCACCACCGCCCACAUGGCCGCCCCCGUGCCACGACGCAACCGAUCGCCGAUCAAAAUGCCCUGGCGGUAGGCGUUAACCGAAUCUGUUAUAUAGAGAUAUGUGUAUGUCAUAUUGCCAAUGGAGAAUCAAGAAUGAGUGGAUGACAUAUAUAGCAGUUCUUUCCAAAGUGACAAAGUCGUCGAAGUUGCGUCAUUAUCAGAGCUGGGAGCUCAGCUUUGCCAACGUUGUUGGUGCCCCUCCGAUAAUGGGCAAAUAAAUGAUUUAUGUAGCCCCAUCAGUCCGAACAAUCCGUAUCGUGUGUUGUGAAUUUUUUCUACGUAAAAUUAUUGUUAAGUAAAUAAAAAAAUAAACGACAAACAGAUAAUGCAAAAU